AUGCACCACGAUCUCGACAGUCUGGAGCACCUCGUCAUCCCGCGACUGACCGGUACAAGCUUGUACCAUGCGCCCAACCUCUGGCAUCUAGACUUCUGGUCGACGUCCCUCGAGCCCGGCUUGACCUGCCAGGACGCACAUAACACCCGCGCCACCGUCCCCGCGCUGCGGACGGUGCGGUUCAUCUUCACGCUCAUCACACGCACACUGCACGGGGCCUACAUGGUCGCACACUCGAACUGGCUGCGCAUCUGCCACCCGGACCUGCUGCGGGACCAGUACAGGUGA